UUGCGCUACUGACCAAAACCAACAACAGUAAUCACUCACCGGUGUUGUGUUGGUGCAUCAGGAGAAAAAUCGCAUAAACCCGCGGCGGUGGUGGAAGCUAUAAAACGAAUACGUCCCCCGAGUCACUCGGGUAGUGGUCGUUCAAAGUUUUGCUAGUAAAUACGGAAAGUGCGCUCGUUGUUUGACCAGGGCGAUCGUUUGUUUUGGCAAGUUCUGGCGGAAAAUCUAAGAUUGUCCACCCACCCCGCUUGUUGAGGCAACAUAAAACCAACAGUCAGUCAGUUCUUCUUCGGGACAACAAAAACAGUAGCAACGAUGAAAUCCCUAUCUCUGGCCAUUUUCGCUCUGUCGGUGGCGAUUGCCGCCGCUCAGCAGCAAAAAUACACUGACAAGUUUGACAACGUCAACGUUGACCAGGUUCUCAGCAACGACCGUAUCCUAGGCAAUUAUCUCAAGUGUUUACUGGACAAAGGACCCUGCACCCAGGAGGGACGAGAAUUGAAAAAAACCCUCCCGGAUGCCCUGAAGACAAACUGCGAAAAGUGCAGCGAGAAGCAGAGGACCAACUCACGCAAGGUCAUCAACCACCUGGAGACAAAGAAACCGGCCGAAUGGAAGAAACUGCUGGAAAAGUACGACCCGGACGGUAUCUACAAGAACAAAUUCGGGCGGUCCUAAUUGACGCCACCGGGGGUACCUGAGCCGUGAGUGUGCGUUUGAGCGUUGUGACAGUAUUGAACGGCGGUUUCUUGGCUGUUGAAAUGUAUUUUUAGAUUUGUUUUGUGUAUUCUCGUUAGUUAUGUAAGAAGAACCGGAAAACCGUUGAUGUAAAUUAGGGUACAAAUUGAAUCGUUCGAAAUGUUUGAAGGCCAUAAAUAAAUAAACAGUAGUGAAAUAGGAA